GUUCUAAAAAAAAUUGUGACUAAAAAAAUGUCGAAAGUUUUCUUCUAUUCUUGUCUGAUUGGUCUGUUUUUGGACGUGUCUAACGGUUGGGUUAUAAAUGAUAUAAACACGAAGAUGCUGUCAAAAGGAUUGUUUUCCAAUGAACUCAGCGAUGAAGAUAUAAUGACUGCUGAGGCUGGCUACUCGUCUAAACAACGGAUCAGUUUAAUAUUUCCAGGUACGAAAUGGUGCGGUGCAGGCAAUGUGGCGGUUAGCUAUGAUGACCUAGGCGAAGAAAAGGAAGCUGACAUGUGUUGCAGGGAGCAUGACAACUGUCCCGACUUGAUACCUGGAGGAGGAACCAAACAUAAUUUAACUAAUGACGCUUUUUAUACUAGAUUAAGCUGUGCGUGUGACGAGAAAUUCUUGAAAUGUCUGAGGGCUGCUAACACGAAGGUGGCAAGGUACAUUGGAGUGAUAUACUUCGAUGGACUGCAAACCAAAUGCUAUAGAGAAGACUAUCCCGUCACCAAAUGCAAUAAGAAAGGAGGAUGGUUUAAAACGAAAUGCGUCGAAUAUUCGUACAACACAAAAGGUGAAAAGAUCUACCAAUGGUUUGAUGUUGAAAAUUUCUGAAAAAACUGUGUCUCUAGUCGAUUUUAUUUAAUUAAUGCCUGCAUACUCAAACGCUACUCAAUUUUAAGACGCUCUCAAAUGUAGUUCUGUCACUAUCAAUUCUUUAUAAAAUGACAGAGAUAGCACGAUAUUUAAGUACAACUUAAAAUUGAGUAGCGUUUGAGUAUUCGGGCGUAAGUGUAUUUAAAGGACAUUAUUUAUUAAACCAAGUGAUUAUUUAUUUGUGAUAAGAAUGAUAGUUAUUUGUACACCUCUGCUUACCCCUUUGGGAAGCUUGAUGUUUCGUUAAAUUAGUACAUGAGUACAAAUUGAAAUGUAUUUGUGUUAACUGUCAAUAAGUAAGUUUAUUUUUAUAAUUUAUGUAAUGUGUGUAAUCAAUCAACAUAUUUAGUAUGCUGGUAAGAAAAUAGAUUUUAAUUCAGUAUGGAGAAAAGAAUAAAGAGAUACUGAACGAAGCCUUACUUUUUGUAACAAUUUUAUAUUAACGAUUUAUUUUUUAAUUUUAACAAACAGGGAUUAUCCAGUGGUUUAAC